AUGGACGUGAUCAAGCUGCGGCGCCUCGGCGAGGACGCCGGCUUCGUCGCCGCGCUGGACCAGAGCGGCGGCAGCACGCCCAAGGCCCUCGCGGACUACGGCGUCGAGCCGUCGGCCUACGACGGCGACGAGGCCAUGUACGACGCCGUGCACGCCAUGCGCGAGCGCAUCGUCAAAUCGCCGGCGUUCGACGAACGCGUGCUCGCGGCGAUCCUCUUCGAGAAGACGAUGGACCGGACCUUCGGCGGCCUGCCGGCGCCGGAGUACCUCUGGGCGACGAAGCGCUGCGUGCCGCUGCUCAAGUGCGACAAGGGCCUGGAGCCCGAGGUCGACGGGUGCCAGCUGAUGCGGGACACGCCGGACCUCGAGGCGCUCCUGGAGCGGGCCAAGAAGCUGGGCGUCGCGGGCACGAAGAUGCGGAGCCGCAUCGCCGCGGCCAACGAGGCGGGGAUCCGGGCCGUCGUCGCGCAGCAGUUCGCCCUGGCGAAGCGCGUCCUCAAGUGCGGCCUCUGCCCGAUCGUCGAACCCGAAAUCGACAUCCGCUGCCCGGACAAGGCCCUCGCCGAGGAGAUGCUGUUGAACGCGCUCCACGAGGCGCUCCACGCGCUGGGCGAGAACGAGGUCGUCAUGCUCAAGCUGACGCUGCCCGAGUGCGACGGCCUCUACUCGUCGUGCGUCAUGCACCCCAAGGUGCUCCGCGUGCUCGCGCUCUCCGGCGGCUACGACCGGGCCGAGGCGACGCGCAAGCUCGCGCGCAACCCGGGCGUCAUCGGCUCCUUCUCGCGGGCGCUCAUGGAGGGCGCGUCCCGCGCCAUGAGCGACGCGGACUUCGACGCGCACCUCGAGGCCGCCGUGGCGACGAUCCGCGACGCGAGCGUCAACAAGGUCGAGGAGGACUAA